AAUUGAUUAUCGACUCAACAAAUGUGUGACAAAACGUGGCUUUCAUUCAAUCAAUUGAAACGAUAUUAACAUUUGUUCGCAUAGUUUGCCAAACAUUUGGUCCAAAAAUCAUAAUCAAGACGUUUGUCAAAGACAUUGAGUGCUGACUCGUCGAUCACAUCCAUAGGAAAAGAUCACCUGUUUUUAGUUGUUGUUCAUAAAUAGUUGUUAACCAGUGGACAACCGGUAAGCGAUGGCCAGUCAGGACAAGAUGACCCGUAUUGCGAUUGUCAAUACAGACAAAUGUAAACCCAAGAGAUGUCGUCAAGAGUGCAAAAAGUCGUGUCCAGUCGUGCGGAUGGGAAAGCUGUGCAUCGAAGUGACACAAAACGAUAAGAUAGCGAAGAUUAGUGAAGAACUGUGUAUCGGAUGCGGUAUUUGUGUAAAGAAGUGUCCAUUCGAGGCCGUGACAAUCAUCAAUUUGCCGUCUAAUCUGAACCGCGAUACCACUCACCGAUACGGCCAAAACACGUUUAAGUUGCACCGUUUACCGAUACCGCGACCGGGAGAAGUGCUCGGUCUCGUCGGUACUAACGGUAUCGGCAAGUCUACGGCUCUCAAGAUAUUAGCCGGAAAAUUGAAACCUAAUUUAGGUCGGUACGGUUCAGACCCUCCCGAUUGGACAGAAAUAUUGACAUAUUUUAGAGGAUCAGAGCUUCAAAAUUAUUUUACCCGUAUUUUAGAGGACGAACUAAAAGCCAUAAUUAAACCGCAAUUCGUUGACCAAAUUCCGAAAGCCGUUUCGGGCAUUGUUUCCAAUUUGAUUGACAAGAAGAACGAAAGGGAUAACAAAUCUUUUAUUUGUGAUGUAUUAGAUCUAACAGAAGCUAUUCUUAGCCGAAAUGUUAAAGAAUUGAGUGGAGGAGAAUUGCAACGGUUUGCCAUUGCUAUGGUUUGCGUCCAGAAUUCAGAUAUCUUUAUGUUUGACGAACCUUCCAGUUAUUUGGAUGUAAAACAAAGAUUAAAAGCCGCCGAAGCUAUCAGAGAACUAAUCCAAGCGGAAAAAUAUAUUAUAGUAGUCGAACACGACUUAUCGGUUUUGGACUAUUUGUCAGAUUUUAUAUGUUGUUUGUAUGGAGUUCCCGGUGCUUACGGUGUGGUCACUAUGCCUUUCUCUGUUAGGGAAGGAAUCAAUAUAUUUCUCGAUGGGUUUGUGCCGACAGAAAACUUGCGUUUUAGAGAAUCUGCACUUGUCUUCAAAGUGUCAGAAACGGCUACAGAGGAAGAAGUUAAACGAAUGUCUCGUUACGAAUAUCCAGCGAUGGUUAAACAUCUCGGCGGUGCUUUUGAAUUGACAAUAGAUCCGGGAAGUUUUACAGAUUCGGAAAUUAUUGUUAUGUUGGGAGAGAACGGCACCGGAAAGACAACAUUCAUCCGAAUGCUUGCGGGAAAUCUGAAACCCGACGAAGGAUCACAUGAUGUGCCAACUCUUAACAUUAGUUAUAAACCGCAAAAGAUUAAUCCGAAAUCUCAGGGAACUGUUCGACAAUUACUGUACGAAAAGAUCCGGGAUUUCUACAAUCAUCCACAGUUUCAGGGAGAGGUUGUCAAACCUCUUCAGAUUGAAAAUAUCAUUGAUAUGGAAGUUGUCAAUCUAUCUGGUGGUGAACUGCAACGCGUGGCUCUUGUACUUUGUUUGGGAAAGCCGGCUGAUGUCUACCUGAUUGAUGAACCGUCGGCUUAUUUGGAUUCUGAACAGCGUUUAGUGGCCGCCAAAGUUAUUAAACGAUUUUUGUUGCACUCGAAGAAAACCGGAUUUGUUGUCGAACACGACUUUAUUAUGGCUACAUAUCUGGCCGAUCGGGUCAUUGUAUUUGAAGGCGAACCGUCUGUCAAAACAGUAGCCACGUCUCCGCAGACAUUGUUGGCCGGAAUGAAUAAAUUUUUACAAUUAUUGAAUAUUACUUUCCGAAGAGAUCCGACCAAUUUUAGACCAAGAAUUAAUAAAUUGAAUUCAGUCAAAGAUACGGAACAAAAGAGAGGCGGAAACUAUUUCUUUUUGGAGGAUUGAGUCAACCAUUUCUUUUGGUUGGUUCUCAACACUACAUCUAUUUAGGAGACAAAUCAUGAAUGCAUUUGAAUGAACUCAAUGACAAUAACAGCUAUGGAUUUCAUGACUUUAUUUUAAGGAUAGUAUUUGAUUGGAAAUAUUAUUUAUUGGAUAUUUUUAUUAUUAAUUGAUUGACAUUUUAAAAGCACACAAACUGUUGUUGUGAUUUGUUUAAUAAAUUUAUAUUUAUAUAAUUGAUUUAAAUUUAUAUUAU